UCCUGUUCCAACAGCGCCCGGCCUGGGGCAAACGCAGGGCGGGGAGUCUGCAUGUGAGCGAGAGCCCUGUUCCUUCUUAAGCGCCCGCCAGUCAAGCCCGGGCCAGACGGCCAGCCAGCGGGUGCCCCACACACCGCCACCUGUCCUGCAGCCCUGCCGGCCGCCACCAGAGCCAGCCGCCGCCCGCCCUCCAUGGCCGACCAGCUGAGCGAGGAACAGGUGGCCGAGUUCAAGGAGGCCUUCUGCCUGUUCGACAAGGACGGGGACGGUGUCAUCACCACCCGGGAGCUGGGCACCGUCAUGCGCUCCCUGGGCCAGAACCCCACGGAGGCCGAGCUGCGGGACAUGGUGGGCGAGAUCGACCGCGACGGCAAUGGCUCCGUGGACUUCCCCGAGUUCCUGGGCAUGAUGGCCAGGCAGCUGAGGGGCAGGGACAGCGAGGAGCAGAUCCGCGAGGCCUUCCGCGUCUUUGACAAGGACGGCAACGGCCUGGUGAGCGCGGCCGAGCUGCGGCACGUGAUGACCAGGCUAGGGGAGAAGCUGAGUGACAAGGAGGUGGACGAGAUGAUCCGGGUCGCCGACGUGGACGGGGACGGGCAGGUGAACUACGAGGAGUUCGUCCACAUGCUGGUGUCCAAGUGAGGGGCCGGGCCUGGCGCUGUGGGAACCUGGGGCCGGCCUUGCUCCCUGCGUCCCUCGGGCCCCUGUGGGCUCUGCUGCUUCUCCGUUCCAGGUGACUCUGCCCACCUUUGUGCGCCUCCCUUUGUCCCCUUUUCCCUCUUCCCAGCCAGGUGACACGGGCCACCCCCAGCCCAGCAAACGCCAGGUGCUUCUGCCUGUCAGUAGCAGCAGUGACAUUGCUCUGCAUGGACAGUGGGCAGAGGACCAGUGCGAGUCCCACUGGCCACUGGGGAGGGUGACAUCAUAGAGCCCUUGGCUGGACCCCUGGAAGGCGCUCAGCACUGGGGCGGGGCCGCGGGAGCCCCCAGCUCCAGGGAGCGGUUCCGGAGCCUCCCUGGCUCCAUCUGCCGCUCACUGGGGCGGGUGGGAGGGAACCGGCCUAGGUGAGGGGCUGCUGGAGAUGUUGACACUUGCGAUCGGGCUUCCCCGAGAAACGUCACCCCCUUUCCACGGGGCGCUCGCUUGUCUGUGAUUCGUCCUUUGCAGCUGGGAGUAAAACUGGGGUUAAUUGUAACACGUGUGUGUUCAGCUUCACGGAGGGAAAUCUGAGCGGGAGGGAGAAGGAAGCACAGGGGAAUAAUAAAAUGCUUGCAUCCCUGUCACGUCUCCUUUUGUUCUGCUUCCCGCUGAAAUGAUCCUCGUUGCGUCUGGGGUUUAGAUGAGGCGGGAUCUCCAUUUUCAUGCUUUUUGCAAAGGCCACGAAACCUUGCGUUGGAGAGCAGAGUGAAAAGAGAGAAGCCUACAGAAGGUAAAUCUUCAACGUUUAUUUCAAAUAAAAUGGGGAAGUCAGUCGGGCCCCCGGAGCGCCGAGCGGAUUACAGGUGGGAAGGCACCUGGUCGCCCGUUUCCAUCACUCUGGGGUGACAGGAAUAGGGGCGGCGACAGGAGGGUGCGAACUGCCCGUCCAGCACGUGUGACGUCAAAGCCACUGACAUGGUUAUUCCUGCAUUUGCCGGCAUUCCCCCGAGGUCAAAGGGACCCCGCAGAGGUUACCUCAGUGCCAAAGGGAGGCAGUGUUUUGUGCGGUGGGCGCUCUCCUGGGGCUGGUGACAGAUGGCUGCCAGCCCGGUGAUGGUCACACACCCGCUGGCUGAUCUUGGCUAGGUCCUUGGUCCCCACACCCGCCUCCCCCGCACGCGUGCAUCCUGACGUGUAAGACGAGGAACACGGGCACUGGGGCUGGACAGACUGGGAUUUCCGGCCUUGGGACUGUUGCUGGCUGCCGAGCUCCAGGAGCGCUUCAUGAAGAGAACAGCCGCCCCCCACCCCCCCACCUGGCGUGAGGCACCGUGGUGCACACUAGCUCACUACCACCCUGUGCCGUGGUUGCUGUGGGAAGCUUCCCCAUCUCACAAAUGAGGAAGCUGAGACAGGCGGAGCUCACGAAAUCAGCGCGAUGCCCCCCAGCUGGAAAGGGACAGGGCUGGGAUUGCACACGGGUCUGCGCCCUUGACUGCCCCGAGCGGCCUCUCCACAGCCCCUUGGCCUCCACGGUGACUGAUGACUGUAUCAGUGCCUCUCUCGAGCAUUUGCGAGACGAUCAGAGAUCAUCGUAACGUGCCCGGCAUGCAGUAGGUGCUUAGUAAGUAACACCUACUCUUGCAUUCACCUUUAGGAACCCCCUUCAGCUCUAACACUCUGUGAGGCCUGGCCACGUACUUCCACCCCUCAGUCCAAGAGGGCGGGGGCUGAGGGGACGCCGAGGCAGGGUCUUGGACAGAA